AUGGCGGAGGUAGCAACGGAGGCCUUUAACAGUAUUAUUGAUGUCACAAAUUGUCCAAAAAACGACGACCAUACAACUCCGUUCAUCCGAUUUAAUCAAUUCAAGAUAGAGGAUUUGCCGGAAUCCAUUCGUACGGAAGAGGUCUACGACUACUUAAAAUACCUCGGACAAACUGUGGUGCGGUUAACCGUAAGGAAGGAAGAAAACAGAUCAUCUUACGGCUCCGGAGUCGUAUAUAGGAUCGAUGAAAAAUAUAUCGUACUCACCAACGACCAUGUUGUAAAAGACGCAGACCAAGCUUCGAACACAACUAUUGAGUUUUUCUAUGAUGGUGAAGUAAGUACAGGAAUCGAGGCGAGCAGAGGGGCCGAGUUAAAAGGUGGUUCGAGUGUGCAGGAUAGGUGUUUCUUUAAAUUUACUCCGAUUCCUCAACGAAUUCAAGAUCUCAACUUGUUCAACAAUGUUAACCUAAUGGCUGUUUUGAAUGUCACGUACACUGAUGGCACUAAAUCCGAAUACUUAGGUUUCCCACAAGUAAAUAGAAAGGGCCAGUUUAUAUUAGUUAAUCGUUUAGAAGUGCGCGAGGAGAGGCUGAAUGAUAUUAAAUCAUGUGAUAUCGUUAUUAAUGACCCUGAAGGACGGUCACACUCUGUUGUGUACGAUGGUAUCAGUCAUGCCGAGGAGAAGGUGGUGUUUGUCAGGGUGAAGGCUCUUCCGGAAUGUUUCAUAGCAGUAAAAGAAAAGAUGCACCAGGCGUUGGUAUCGGAUGCUAGGGUGGAGAGGGUUGUUGUGACUAUAGCACACCCUCAUGGCGGACCAAAGAUGAUCACGUUUGGUAAGAUCGUUACUGUUACAGAAGAAGGCUUCAUGACAAAAUUGCUGCAUACCGCUAGGACAUGCCCAGGGUCUAGUGGAGGUCUUGUGGUUAUUCUAUCUAAGAACGGAGGAAUUCCCCCUAAUCGUGGGUUCGCCCCGAAUGGUUGUUGUCACUGUGAAGGAGACAGGAUGUUGGAGUUUAGAGGUAUCGUUUUGGAAACACAAAAUUUGAAUACAUCAUUGUUUAAUGUUUAA